GCCGCUUCCGUCAUUGCCCUUGGCUGGGCAAGCUGGAAGGCGUGCAAGGCGUGCAAAGCAACCUUCCCCAGCCUUCUUUCCCCGUCCAUCCGCCCCUGGCCUGCCAGAGAUUGGCACUCUCUCUUCUGCAUGUAUACCCACCUGGGCAGGUAGGUCUAUACCAUUACUCCGAGGUGUCAGUCACUGCCAGUCACUGCCUGAGUGCCUGCUCGGUCGGUCUCUUCUUCCCAAGGUUUUGUCGUGUCUCCGCCAAGCACGACUGACUUCAGCCGCGGGUUUCAUCCUUCGCUUGUUUUGACCUCCCGCGCCACCUGUUUGACGCCAAGCGGCCAAGGCCCACGGCCACAAGACCACAGUCCCAAGCCCGCCAACCCUCGACCAACCUUGGCUUGCCUUGACGCCAACCCUCCCUCUCCCUGCCCAGCCCAGCCCAGCCUGGGCCCAGUCCGAACCCGCUCUCCACCUCCUCACUCCUGCUCUGCUCCGCUGCUUCCCUCUCUCACCUCCGUCACUCGUACAUACCCGCCCGUCAGCUCCACCACCAAUCACCUCGACCAAACUCGGCUAGGCCUCGAGAGCCCAGCUGCGCCCAGCUUGCUUACCAACGGCCGGCCUUCCCUUUCUACUCCUCCUCCUCCUCCUCAUUGUCGUCCGCUUCAUCCUCGUCCUACGUUCUGGUCCUCCGAUCUCGACUGUACCCUCACUCCUCCUCCUCGACGGCUGUCCGGGGCCGCUUCGUACGCAUCAAUAUCACUUCCUAAUCGCCCGGACACCCGAGUACAAACGACAAAGAGCGUCAUUGUUCACAUCCUUUGGCUCACGCAAUGCGACGACUGUCCAUGGACCUGUCCGAGCCCUCGCGCAAUAUCGAAGAGUCCACUGGCGCCGUCCCAAUGUCGGACACAGCUGACAUCGAUGUUGAUGAGGACGUCGACGUUGAUGUGUCGUUGCUGCCUCUCGAGGACGACUUCCUCUACGCCCUUGACCUGCAAGUCGACGGUGCUCGCUCUCGUGUCUACACACCACCUCCCCACCUCGCUGCACGCUUCUACCGUCCCUCCCAGUCACGACGAAAAGAAUCCGCCGCCUCCACACGCCGAAACUCGCUGUCCUCCCUACACUCCCUCUCCAACUCUCAUGGCACACCGACCGGCCCACAAAGCAAACAUGUCGCCAACCACCAGCGCAGAGAUGCCAUCCUCAAGGACCGGCAAAAACGUCUUGCCGACCGUGCCGCCCACGUCGAAAAGGUCCGCCUCCGCGCUGCCAGGGCCAAAGAUCGCGUCGUGGUCCUGUCUGAGGAGAGAGCCGAGGCUGCGCGCCUGACCCGCGAGCGCAACCUGAAAGAAAUUGCCGCCACGUGCGCAGAGGAGGUCAAGAGGGCCAAGGCCAUCGCCGAGGCUACCAGAGAGAAGCGGGAGCAGGAGACACUCAAGAUGCGUCAGCAGAUGCAGGAGCGCCAGGCCGAGGCUGAGAGGCGCCGCGAAGAACUACGAAGGCAGAACGUCAGGGUCCGGGGCUCUAGUGUGAGCACGAGAAAGUCAGACGACUCCUUGUCCCCUGUUAAAGAGGUCAAGGAGACAGAAUCGACACCGCUGACCCGAGACGCUGCUGCAUGGAGGAUACAAAAUUGGUGGCGCGUCGUGGCCAAGAGGAAGGUCGUUCAAGAAUUUGCCCGGCUGGCCUUGACUGUUGAAGGGGUCAAGACGACCGACUAUGACGAGGUCACGAAAUUGCUCGGACAACUGAGGGUGGUUAUGAUCACCGCUCGUGUCCUUGCCAUGUGUGGCUUGCAGAACGGCGGGCUAGACUCAGUCGAGCAGAUGAAGGCGGUCCGCUGCUUUCUCAGCGCCUACCUCAUCUUGGGCCAUCCUGCCCAGGUCCUGAGCAACACCUACGACAUAAUGCCUCCAGAUCAGGGCUCACCGGCGCAUCCCAUCCCCAGAGACAACCUGACAGACCCACAAUGUCAGGAGGUCGUGGCAAAGUCUCGCGAUCUGCUAAUCACCUUUGAGAACAUCAUGUCCCGGCUGACAAGCUUCAAUAACUACACCAUCCCGCCAGGUCUCACCCAAGUUCUUCCUCGGGUCUACUCCCAGUUUGAGAAUGCCUUCUUCAACUGGAAGGCCCGGGACAAGAAUGCUUUGGUUGACGGAAUGUUGGGGCAACUCGUCGAGCUGGACGCCACUUUGGACCAUGUCAAGGAAACCAGCGACCCAUCCGUGGUACAGCAGUACCAGGAGAGUAUGAAAACGAAUCAGCUUAUGCUCAUUGCUCGAAUCAACAAACUACUCGGCAGGGAAAGGGGGCUAGAGCUUAUCAAAAAUGCUCGGUACAGGGCCAAGAAGGCGAGGGCUGCCAACAAGAAGAAACAGCAGGCCGACCUGAAGCCCAGAGUGGCUGAUCAGACCCUGACCACCGAGACGGCAAUGGCUGACUUGGGCACGGCGAAAAGCCAUCCUUCCAGCCCAAGGAGCGACACCUCGGGCGUCUAUCCGACCCCUCCGUCUACCCCUGCGAGCAGACCACAAGGCCCGAAGCCCAUCAAGAAAGGCAUGCUUUUACCGGACAACCGGACCGUCGUCCACGAACUUGCCAUUAAUAAGGAAUAUCGUGUGGUUGCGGACGACUUUGUCGAGGCCGAAACGAAGGCUCUCCAGCCCAUUCUCGGACAAAUGAGGGCCACGAUCCACGCGACCGACCACGAAUCGAGACAGGUGCAGUUCAAACUUCUCCUCAGGAUCGCCAAACACAUCCGCGAGAAAUUGCAACGGCUUCUUAAGCCCGGGAACUCAAUGCACAAUUUUAUUGGCGAACUGCUGGAUAUAGACGAGUUAAAGGAACGGUUCCGAAAUGGAUCGUUCUCCUACGAGCGCUUCUUUUCAUCCAUGGGUUCCCUGAUGCCAAAGCUAUGUGCCCCUGUCAGGGACGACCAGGUAAAAGACCUGGUUGAGAACAAGCUCAGCCAAGGCAGCUAUGUCGACCGUCUUGAGGCAUUGAUCCUCUUCAUUGAUGUCAUGCUGAGCGAUUACGCCAAUCAUCUCUUGCAACUGGUCGGCCCCCAGCUGCUGGAGCACGCACCCGAGUACGAGGCAAAGGCUUUCUGCACUGCAAUCGAGCAGGGCGAACACGGAUUGUUCGCGGCUGAGACAGCUUGGAGGGCGGCGAGAAACAAAGUCAUAGCCGAGACGGCUCGCCGUGACCCUGAGAACGUCAAUCACCCAAAGAACCGGCCUACGGCCGAGAAGAUCUACGCUCAUAUGCUCGUUGACAUAUUCACACAGCCCAGCACCAUGCGCUACGGUCAAAUCCCAGAGAUGCUGCAGCUCGACUACAAGCGCAUCCGCAAAUAUGGUCACCUCACACGCAAUAUGGUCACCACUGGCGGGAUCCUCUUGCAGUGCAAGAACCUUCUCAAACGUGACGUCCGCGCGCCGUGGCGGAUGGAGGCGGCGCGCAUCAUGAACGUUCUCGAUCAUGCCGAGUCGCAGGAGGCGGCUGUAGCUGGUAUCAUGGCAGCUCUCGAAGCCGGGCGGUCCAUGCCCUCGACAACCAAGACCCAUCUGCGCGGCUUCGUCGAGAAGCUUGUGGCUGCGCAUAUCGAGCUCGCGGCCACUCAGCAGCCAGACCCCAGUGAGAACUGGGACCCGAACGCCCAUGACCCGAGCCAGCCCGUCCUGCGGCUGCUACUCAAACGGCUGCGAGAUCAUAUCCUCGGGCGCAUCGCGGCGGGCAGCACGAGCGAGAAGGCCAAGGCCACAAGCAUCGCGGGUGAGAAGCUGGCUAGCUCUGGGAUGGUUGAAUUCGUGGAGCGGGUUAGAGACAUGGUGGAUGAGAUGUCCAAGGUCGGGGCUGUUGACAGGGAAUCACAUGCUUCAUGGUGGGAGACUGUAUCUGAGAAAGUUGAGGCCCUGGCCACAAAGGCCGCUGUGGACUCGGCCACGGCCUCGGCCUCGGCUUCGUCGAGUUGAGGAUCUGGCAGCGCCCAGUCCAUAUCAAUCGCGAGGACACGGGUGUCCUGGCUCACAGGGUCGACCGAGACUCCCGUGCUUGGUGCAAGAGAAGAAUAUUUUGCGGUGAAUGGAUGCGGUUUUGCUGGGCGUAAGCAACGCCGUGUGGCUUACAUGCGUCAAAGAAGAGAGGGUGAUCAAUAGACGGGCGUCUACCGUAUUUUACUUGAGAAGUCACAGCAAGUUUUUGGACAUCACGGGACAAUUAUCGGCGUUGGCACAGGCAUUGGUUCCGGUUGGUCAGGGUUGAGCAGGCACUGUUUUCAUGGUUGGCUUCCUUUAUAUCUGGACUUCAGCGUUUGGCUCACGGCUUCAUGGUCUAGUUUGCACUUUGUCCUUGCCCAUUUUCAUAGCGGCUGCACAAACGCAGUCAACAGCGAUCCUCUUUUGUCAUAGCUGCUAGCCUGCUUUAUGAUGCCUAGCACGGCGAAGCGAUGAAAUACAGAAGAAUCCAAUCCUCCUGAGUCUAUAGCUCGAACUCGGCACUUUGCACCAACCUUGUGGAGGGUGGCUUCCCAGAUUCAUCACUCCGCUACAUCCGCCAGUCUUUCACCUACGCUUCAUGGGUCCUCGGUCAUCUCUGGCUGCAUGACAGGGCCGAGGGUGGACGACGAGGGUUAUCUACGCCAUGAGUCGCAGCCUGCAUGAAGCAUGCAGCUUGAGCUCCAGUCUCCGCCGCCCUUGAUGAUC